AUCAGGUGGGCUUUGCUGCCUCAAGCACAAGUGUCUGCCUCAUACAUGAUGUCCAGUCAUUUGCAUUUCAUUGCUAACUGAUUUGUAAUCAUAAUAUUUAAAAAUUAUGUGUUUGAACAUUAGUUAAAAAGAAUAUAGACUGAGCCCAACAAGGUAUUCCGUUAACUGCUGAGAAGGUGUCGGUCAUUUUUAUAAUUAUGCUAGUAAGUGUUUACAUCUGGAACAGAAGAGCUCAAGUUCAGAAAGUCUUUGCUCCUUGUUUAAUUUGACACACUAUAUAAAACAGAAAAUGUUCUUUUAAAUUCUAAAGGAAAUUCUGCUUUUCUUCAGCAAACAAAUCGAUAUGUUUGCCUUUUUUGCCUAUACUUUUACAUUUUUCAGCAACCGGGUUUAAGAUUAAAUACUGCUAUUAGACUUAAUGGGAUUUAUUUGCAACCAGCUUGAAAAUAUUAGUCAGUAUCUACAGAUUUUGCAUACUGAAAGUAGUCCAGUUUUAAAAAUGAAUCAUUUAAGUCAUUUUAUAAGUGCAAUGUGUUAUUUGAUCCCUACUUAAAAGCGAAGUCUUCACUAAUGACCCAUUUCUUCUUUCUUCUUGCAUUUGUUUUUCCUUUGACUCGCUCUGUUGUGUAAUUUCAUAUUCAAUCAUGGAUUUACCCCCUGAAAAUAGACUGUUUCCAUUUGCCCACCUUCACCACUCAUCCGCUUUGCCUCAUCUUUUUUCCCAAACCUGUUGCCAGUCCCUGAAAUGGAUUUGCUUUCCGACAUUUCAGAGGAAGACCCCUUUGGGGAGGCCGACCAGAUCACGGUAGACAGCUUAGAGCUCCUUUCCACAGGUGAACCAGCAGGGCAGGGAGACCCUGAAGGUGCCUCCCCGGAUCCAGUACUGGAUCCUGCCGUAGCCCCUCAGCCUGAGUGUCCUUUCCCCCUUCCAGAGAAGACUCUUCAGACAGCUGACCACAAGGAUGCCGAGUUGGCCUGCUUCUCCUUUAGUUUGCACAAAUGCUUCCCCUCGGGCUUCCCGUCCCUUCUUGAUGAAGAUGGCUAUCUUGCUUUCCCCAGCCUCCCCAAGGUCUGGGUCUCCUUUCUGCCCCCUGACAUUCAGCACUAUGUCCCUAUCACCUCCCCUUCAUUCAUUCCUUCCCUUAUCCUCAUCUUUGGGCUGCUACUCUCGGCUUCUCAGUCAGUUCCUUUUUCUCUCACCUUUUCUCUUCCUCUGACUCUAGCCCUCUGCUAUCUAGAGGCUAAGGUAAACUCGUUUAAUGUGUCUUGGGACUGUGACUUGAAUGAUAAAGCAGAGGAAGAGGAAUCAGUUAGUGGCACUUUCUCCUAAGCUCCACUUUGUGGGGUCAAGGAGCCUUCACUUCUUCAUGAUAUUCCCUCCUAAUUUAGAGUGUAAACAUGUGCAUAAAUCUCAACACUGUUAUUUGUACACUAUCCAACAUUUUAGUGCAUGAGAAAUAAAUAUAGACACUUCUCACAUUUUAAGCUGAAGAUAACAGCAUUGUUUCAUAAAUAUCAAGGAUACACUAGAUUUUAACAAAAGAAACAGGAGAUAGGAAAUCCUGUGUUACCUGUAAUAACUCGUAUUGGUUACCUGCCGUUUGCAGAAAAGUGUCAGUGCUGUUCCUUUAGGGUGA